AUGAGCGACCGCUCAAAGAAAUCGAAUAGCGAGAACGCGGGCUACAUUUCGGGGAAAAUGGUGAACGACCUGAGCCCCAAAAAGACUAUGCUCGUUUUGGUGAUUGUUGUUGGUUGUUUCGCCGUUUUAUGGCCUAAAGUUUUUCAUCCAAUGUUGGUGGGAUCCGCGAAUAAUCGAAUAAAACCAAGUCCUAUCGAUAGGACUCAAGGUUGCUGUGAUGUCAUAUCAGACAAGGAUUUGAAUACGAUAAAAAUCAUGUCAGAAAUAUGCACCAAUAUAAUCCAGAAAGAAGGAAACGCGCCUUUAACAAAGAAAGAUUUGAUAAUAAAAUGCCAAAACUUAAUAUUGGAAACCUGUGGUAUGGACAUAUCAGCUGUACUGCAAGAGCAAGUUAGAUUGGGCCACACCACCAAGCAGAUUCUCGAAGAUAUAAGAUCUUUGAAUGGAUCUUUAUGUCUAAAAUACAAUUUCGGAGUGGCCCCUUGGAAAUUGGGUGUCCCCCAUAGAGUCACAGUCAAAGUAUCGCCAACUAAUAGUAUAAGGCAAGAGAGACCUUUACAUUUAAGAUCGGAAAUGGUGCAUCCAGCUUUCCGGGAAAGAGGCAGGGCCAUCCCGCAAAGCGAAUCCUUUGCUCCAACUAGGCCUGCUUCACCAUCACGAAUCAUUCCGAAAAUCGUCGAUGGAAAGCCCGGUCCAAUACCCGGAUUGCGACCAACAAUAGGCGGUGCCGGUCACGUGGUACCACCAUCAAAGCAUGGAGGCAACAACAUGGGUGUCAUCAUGCCUAUUUAUACCAUAGGCAUUGUGGUUUUCUUCACCUACACAGUAAUGAAGAUUGUAUUUAAGAAGAAACCGGAGGUUCUGUAUCCACCGAUAGAGCCGGAUGCGAACUUCAGGAAGGAAGUUUUCGAAGCGGAUAGGGGACACUUGGGAUCCAGGCCGCCCAAAGAUGGAGCCUCGAGUAAAAUAGUUGUUAAUGCAAUGUCAGCACUGCUGGACGAAGUUGAUCUGGAACUCAUAUCUCGUCGUAAAACUAGUGAGGUCAAUCAACAGGAUGUGGUGGCUAACGGUAGCGUGCGGAACCAGGAAGACGAUCAGAGUUCCGUGCAGGUUUUGGGAAUGGAAACGACCGCCAGUUGCGAGGGAGGACAAAAAUGGACCCGACCCGAUUCUCCAAUUUUACCAGCCGCACACGCGCCGGAACCACCGGAACCGGCGGAACCACCCCAAGAAAUUUUUUUAGAAGGAUCCCUGCCGCCCCAAUCGCAUCUGUUGGUUACUGAUUCGGCGACGGAAGCCCAAAAGCCGGAGCACGAAGAGGAUCCGGCCGUAGUGCUGGCCGGGAAAAUGACACUGUCCGUGAUCAGUCUCGAUUCGAGCGAAAACGGCACUGACGACUCAUCGAAUUCAUCGAAGAAGCCGGACGAACGGAGCAGCAGCAAUGUAUCCGAGGAAUUCGAAAAAAUCGACGUUUCGCUGUUAGAGAAGCAAAUCGAGCGUGAUCUUGAAUCGCAAUUCGCGCCUCUCGAAGACGACGCCGACGCUUAUCCCGAAGUCCAGGAGGAAAUUUGUGUGGCCAAGCAUGCCUAUCUUGAGGGUAAAAUCGAAGAUCUUAAGGGACAUCGUCUAGAAGACGAGGAUUUCGGUGAUAAAUUAUUAGUGACUCAUCAGGAUUGUACUGGGGAAUCUUCUGAAUCGAAAGGAAUCGCAGGAUUAGACGAAACUGAGCUCUCUCUAUUGCAGCAAUAUUUAGAAGAUAUUGAACAAGAAACGCCGUCUGUUGAGCAAGUUUCUUCUCCUCAGAGUGAACCUGAGCAAUCUACAUCUACUGGAGUUGACCAGGAAAGUACUGAAGUAGAAGCUCAAUCGAAAUCUGAACUUAUUGAAGCUGCUUUAGAAGAAGAGAAGCCGUUGGAACAAAUCUCACCUAAUAAAGUUGAAAGGUUAGAAGAAACUGAGCUCUUUGAAAAAGAAAAACUCGCUUGUCUGCAAGAAUACUUAGAAGAUAUUGUACCAGUAACGCCAAAAUUAGAGCCAGUCAAGCAAGUUUCUUUUUCUGGGAGUGAAACGAGGCAAUCUGCACCUAUUGAAGUAGAAGUUUCUACAUCUAAACCAAGCGAAGUUAAUUUAGAAAAAGAGGAAAUUACAUCGAAUAUAGUUGAAGUACCACCUGAACCGAAAGAGACAUCUUCAUCUUCUGCUGAAAUUAAAUUAGAAGAGUGUGUACAGGAAGUUUCGUUAUUAGAUACGCCUAAAGUAGAACAAAAAUCUGUCGAAGUUAAACAGACGAAUUCAGCUCUUGAAAUCGAUUCAGAAGAGGCGUUGAUAGUACAAUCGCUAGAACAUAUUCCAAUAGAAACCGAACAAAAAUCCUCGCCUAUUGAAGUUUCGCCCGAAGAGAAACAACCGCCUGUAGAAGUUGAAUUAAAAACAACAAAUCGAGAGACGGAAGAACAAUCUGCAGCCGAGCCGAGCCAGAAAUCCGAAGACGAAGAAGUAGAAGAAGAAGAGGUAGAAGAAGAAGAAGAAGAAGAAGCCGAAGAAAUGGACGAGAAAAAGGAUAUGUCCCAACAAAGUAGUAUGAGAGCGAGUCCGAAUUACAUCGAAUACGAAAGUGACUCUGAUAGCGAGACAGAGGACGCGAACUACGAAAAGGCAUGA